AUGUGGUUCGCGGUGUCCUGCCACCCUGACGCCCUGGACGGGCGGAGACCGCGCGUCGAGGUGUUGCACGUGUCGCCGUGCCUGCGCGUUCCGACGUACUUCUGGGACCGCCAGUGCGUGCUGCCGGGAUGUCCGUGUCGCGGCGAGCACUACGUGUUCACCGCAUCGCGGCCCACCGCAACCGCUGCGUGCCACGACGACGUCGCCGCGCCGCCUCGGCCGCUGCGGCGAUCGGCCACGACCCUCGGUUCUUCCCUCGGCGCACUACGGUGGAAGUUCUGGAAGAAGAGUCCCGGUAGCUCAUCGAGUGACUUGGGCGCACGGCUGGGCUGCGCGCUGGCGUCGCAGCUGCACCUGAAGCCGCCCUCGCAGUUCCUGUCCACUUCGACCGCGGGCGGCCGCGGCCCGCUUUCGUCGGCGCUCUCGCAGAGGCUGUCGCGCGCCGUCGCCGGCGCGGCGAGUAGCAGCAGCGUUCUGUGGGACAAGUCCACCUCGCUGCCCAGCAUCGCCGUCCAGAGGGUCGGCCUGCUGCACCACGCGUCCUCGGGCAGCACGGCCAGCACGAGCGCGGCCGCGUCGUCGCGCCUGUCGUCGGCAACACGCUGCUCCUUAACGGCGACGGCCGCCGCCGCCGGCGCGGCAAACGCGACGCCGGCGUCGCAGCCGGCGUCCUGCGGCGCGGCGCUGCCGCCCGUCUCGGCAGCGGUAUCCUCCUCUUGCUCCUCAUCCUCAAUGCACAGUGUUGCGUGCCGGAGCCAGAGCUGCAGUAACAACAACAACGGCACCAACGGCGUCAACGGCGGCGGUAGCGCGUCCGAGCUGCGCGCAACCUUAGACUCGUCCAGCUGCAACGGGGCGCUGUCCGUAGACGGGCACCGCCGGAGGCAGUCGCCUGACGGACCGAACGUCGACCCCCACGGACGGCGGCUACCUCUUUCACCUGCCGAGGCCCUGCUGUACUACGGCAACCGCCUGAGCAGCUACGAGCGUACCGAGGUGUCCCAGUACCGCGACGUCUGGUACCUGGGCCUGGACGCCAGCAAGAUCGAGUACGACGAAGGGGCCGGCCAGAACGGCGGUUACGACGACGAGACCGGCUCCUACAUCAAGGUGAUGCAUGACCACAUCGCGUACCGCUACGAAAUUCUUGAGGUGAUCGGGAAGGGCUCCUUCGGCCAGGUCAUCAGGGCAUUCGACCACAAGACCAAGGAGCACGUCGCGCUCAAGAUAAUACGCAACAAGAAGCGGUUUCACCAGCAGGCCCUGAUCGAAGUGAAGAUAUUAGACCACUUGAAGAAGAAAGACAAGGACCAGUAUCACAACGUCAUACACAUGUAUGACUAUUUCUACUUUAGGAACCACUUAUGCAUCACGUUUGAGCUCAUGGGAAUGAACCUCUACGAGCUCGUCAAGAACAACAGCUACCAGGGCUUCAGCCUGAAUCUCAUUAGGAGGUUUGCCUAUUCGCUCGUGCAGUGCCUACGGCUCCUCCACCGGGAAAAGAUUAUACACUGUGAUCUCAAGCCUGAAAACAUUCUUCUCAAACAAAGGGGCAGCAGCGCCAUCAAGGUGAUAGACUUUGGUAGCUCCUGCUUUGUACACCAAAGGGUCUACACAUACAUCCAGUCCCGGUUCUACCGCUCGCCAGAGGUGAUCCUGGGCCUUCCGUACGGCACCGCCAUCGACAUCUGGAGCCUGGGUUGUAUACUUGCUGAGCUGUACACAGGGCUCCCCUUGUUUCCCGGCGAACACGAGGCUGACCAGCUGGCCUGCAUAAUGGAGGUGCUUGGCCUGCCGCCACCUUGCGUCCUCGAGCUGGCAACACGUAGGAGGCUCUUCUUCGACUCGAAGAACGUUCCUCGUCUAACUCAGAACAGCAAAGGAAAGAAGCGAAGACCAAACUCGAAAACGCUUGCUGCUGUUUUAGGCUGCAAUGACGAGGAGUUCAUCGACUUCCUUUCCCUUUGCCUCGUAUGGAACCCCGACACCCGAGUUACCCCUGAUGAGGCACUGAGGCACUCCUGGCUUGCCAUGCCAAGGACUUCGAGGCAAAUCUACAAGACAGUGCAGGCCAUCACUGUUAAGGAGACGGAAACAGGUAGCUUAUCAAACUCCUACAAGGUCUACAAGUGUGCCAGGCCGACCGAACAGAAAAUUACGGAGCAGAGGAAAGCCACUACAUCUAGCAGUGACACGAGCGCUUCAUCCGAAGAGUCACCGCUUCUGCCAAGUAGCUCUGGUAGCCACUGUGGCAGCAGUCAGCAACGGUCACAAGUUCCACGGUGAUCCUCUCCAGGACUCCGGCACCUUCCUGCCGCCCAUCCUGUGACGCCAGCUUGACGUCCAAGCCAGAUAGGCGAGCCACUUGCAAGCGGCCGGCUGCACACAAACUGAAGAGAUCACCUCGCCACCUGCUGCGUUGUGAAAGGCUAACAUGCGCAAGAUAUGCUUGCGCUGCAAGGAGUACAUCUAGCUUGGCUGUUGGUCUACCGUAUUGUUUGCAGCCUACCUAUUUUUUGUUUCGUUUAUGUGCGAUGUACGUGAAUGUGACUUCUCGGCUAAACUUUGACUGAAUGAGUGUACCAGUUGUACUGCACACAUACGUAUUGAGAAACACGCACUUGCCUAUAGUUGCUAGCCGUGUUUGUGGCAUAACCGCAGCAGCAAAAAUGAAAAAAAAAGUACGUGUCAGCAGUACAAUGCUCCCAUAAAAAAUGGCCUCACUGGUCAGAAUCCCCAAAACCCUUCAGUUCUUGUCCUGUCAUUUCCUUUCCUUUUUUGGUAAAUCAAGCAAAUUAAUGGCGACUGUACUGCAAGGCAUUUGAUUCUUGAACUCUUAUGACCAAUUCAGCCACUUUUGCACUGAGUUACCCUCACUUGGCAUGAGGUGGCUCUCCAAAAAAGAAAAAAAAUGAAUCCAACUUUUGUCUGCCUUGCUAUCGUAAUACCUAUGUUGGUUCCACGUUAUUUGAAAGGAUUAUUGCCAUUUUCUUCUUUAUUUAUUUUCAUCUAUUUAGCAAGUGUGACAGUGGCUUUAGAAGCGUUAUGUAAUGCUGUCAAGCCUGCUAAAUAACCUUUCAGUGCUUUUGGCUUAACUCUUGAGCUUUACUGCACAUUGUAACGAUGGCAGGGUUGCACAUAGUGUACAAUAUGAGGCCUUGGAUGCAAGGCAACGAGUGCGUCAUUUCGGCAACUCAACAAUGUAUUUGAUGAGAAAAGCUCUGUUGGACAUAUCGUCCCUUUGACAGACUUUUGUCACUGAAUGUGUGUAAAACUUGAGCAUUUCUUUUGCCUAGCAUAUGUUAAAUGUGAUCUUGUGUAUUUACCCGUCACAAAGAUGCCCAGGCGCUACACGACCCUCAUAUCCUUUGGCAACAAUCAUCAUCGACCUGAAACCCUCGCAGUAGUUAUGAAGAUUUGUGAUGUAGCAGAAGAAAAAAGAUUCUCAAGAUUUCCAUUCUAUGCUGCACCACCUGAAAAUUUCCACUUUCAGCUUCAGAGUUGUAACGGGGUAUCAGUAAUGUAACUGCGGUUGCUAAAUAGAUAAUACUGUUCCUGACGACAUGACCCGCUGGUUACCAUCCCCGCUGUUUUGUCGAGCCUUGGCUUUGUCACAGUGCCAGUCGUGUUCAAAAUGUCACAUCACCCACAAUCAAUCUGUCCAAUUUAGUGCGAUUUAAAUCAGUUACAGGUUGUGGCUUCGUAGGUGACAUUUGUAAUGCUAUCACUUAAAAGCGAUUAUUUUGCACUGACUCGUAGCGAUUCCAGCAUUUCAGCCUGAAUUAACAAGGUCGCGUUUGUACUCGACAGCAUUCAGACACUCGUAGGUAGUUGGUUUUCAGAGUGGUUAAUGUAAUGCUGACGAUAUAAGGCAUACAGUGAUUUAACACGUUAAGACAGCACUUGUGCAGAGACACAAUGUGUGAGAGAUUGGUUUAGUUAUAGUUACAGUGGCCAUACAUAACAAACAAAAAGGGGGUGCAGAGAAAGAAAUGCGCCAGGACUGCGCCCAGUCUACAGUUCCUAUCGUUAAUGAUAGUAUGUCGAAUUUAAGCUGCUACUACGACUGUGAACAGUAAGCUGCAAACAGUAGCACUACGCACCAAGUUAUUGCAAUGUUGGUGCAGCCACAUAUGCAGGACACUGUGCAAGUGCCAGUCUGGCCACGAGGCUAGUUGCAUUAUGUCUUGGAUCGUACAAUCAUCAGCUCAUUACAGCGCCGGUCAUGCUGAGACACUUUUAGUAUGCAGCGAAGCCUGCACAUUGCACUGUAAAACUGCGACCUGUAAAUAAAUACUGUGCAUUCAAACUUAAAAGCAAAAGGCGAGUGAAAUUGUUUUUCUUUGUUCAAGAUGUGUAUUGCUGGAGCACGCAGUCCAGUGCACACGGACUGUGGCUAGAGUCUGCAGCAAUGUAAAACGAGAGCGGGAGCGGCACCUGUUGUGGCACUUCCCAGUUCACUUCAGCAUUGUACAGCUGCACGUGGCAUCACCCUACUGCAGAAGUCUCGUGUGAAAUACGUAUAGCUUUGUAUUAUAGUUGCAGUGUUGACUGCAGUGUCUUGUCACAUGUUCUGUGCUGGUGUAAUGUUCUUUUCCUCUUGUCGCUUCACUUGUCCCAUAUUGCAGAACUAUCCUCUAUGAACCUUCCAUAUAAAAAAAAAGAUAUUUCCUACCAGGUCUUGAGCCAGUCCUCCUUCUUGUGUCGUCAGGUUGCAGAAGCCCAUAGAAUGUAGCAGUGCAGUGUCAACAUGGGGACGAUUGCUUCAUGUAACCAGAACUGUGGAUUGCAUGCCACAGCCGUUUACUAGAAAAGAAGAUUUAUGCAUCUCGUACAAUUUUGACAAGGUGAAUGGCUUUGAUAGUAUUCUCUUGUGAAAUAUGCCACACCCAAGUCCUUGCUUAAGUUUGUCUGAUAACUUUUUUCAAAUAAUUGCUCGCUUCUCAAUUGCAUUGUGAACGAGUGUUGCAGCCUCUGCAAAGGGUCCAGGUAGGACAUGUGCAUCUAUACUUGUUAACAAGCGUAUCCGAGAGUCCUGUACAGAUGCUGGGUGACGUACCUUGCAACAAGGAGAUGAAACACGCAGUGAAACACUACUGUAUUUCUUGCACGCGCAGCUCUUGUUUCUUUUCCGCGACGAGUUGCAAGUGAGGUUGUGCUGCAUGAUAAGCAAAGCUAUAUACCUACCAUGUGUUCCAGUUUCUAACAGAAAUUACUCCGGAAUUGCUGAACUCCUGGACACAUGGGCAAGUAGGUGACGUAUCGAACCGACGCUACCACAGACAUAUGUCCCCAUGAAAGGAGCGAGGCCAUUAGAAUGUGUGCCUGGUGACUUGCCUUCCCUUCAUCUCUAGGGUCAAAACAGGUUGCUGAAUUUUCGAAAACAUUAUGACGGAGACCUUUAGGGUCUUCGUGGUCAAGUGUCUAAGCAAGGCUGCAAAAAAAAAAGAAUAUGCCCUUAUUCCAAAAUAAAAUUUGAACCACUGGAAUCUCAAAUUAUCAUUAGAUAAAACUGCAAAAAUGAAACAGACGUUAAUGCAAUUACCAUAUGCAAAAGGUGGCGGACAUAAAAUACUAUAGCCCCUUAGCAGAAAAUAAGAGGACCAGCCAAUGUACGGAUCCCAUAUGUGGGACGAUAGAAUAGUUAGUAGUAGCUGUACUUUCGCCGUCAUGCCUUUUGCCAGUGGCCUGAAACCACUAUUAAUUGCGUACAAAACUGCAAGGAUGUUGGGGGCGAUUGCCACGGGUGACUUCAACGCUUUUAAAGCACUGUGUACGUCAUGCUUGUCAAUUUUCUGUUCUUUAUUUUUCUACAAAGCAGCAAUCACAAAAAAAAGGGAGUGUAUAACUUCAAACAUUAAAUAAGCAUAAUAAACAAGAAGAAAUGUGCGAAGCAUGUAGGACAUUCGUACACAUUACGUUCCUAGCACUCCUUCGAUAGUAAAUAUGGGAUGUUUUAUGCAGAGAUCAAAUGCCCUCCCAUAGUUUUACGAAUGCCAGCACAUGUUAUUAAUUAUGAAUUGUCACUUCUUACUGCAUAAGGUGUAUCGUACAUACCACUGAAUGGUUCCCUCUGAAAGCUAACUUGCCAUUUACCGAUAUGAUGCAGUCAUGAAACUAGGAACAUUUGUUGUUAGGAUAUGCAAGCAUGUAAGCAUCUGCUAAUGCAGAUUUGAAUUUAUCAGGUUUGCUUGUAUUGCGGUGCACAUCAGCUUUUCUUGCUAUUAAAAACAGUCUUGGAAACACUAUACCACACCCUGGCUUUUUUAAAGCAAAUUUUACUGUCAAACUGUGGAGAAAAGUGAACAGUUAAUUUACGUUGGGUUCAGUAGCACAAGAGCAAGCCUAUGCUGCAAUGAAAACAAAGACAGAAUAAGAAACAGAAUAGGAUGAAGUUUGUUUUCGAUAGAAUAAAAGCAAAUAUUGCAAUACUUUGUUGUUUGGUUUUAACUUCAUUCUUGUCUUAAUGAUAACUGCUAGUAUUUCUAUUUAAUGAUAAUUUUUUUUUAUGCAUGGCAGGAUCAGAGGCAAAAAGAUCGAUUCUCGUUUUUGUGAAAUGUCUGAGUUUCAUAAACUUUCAAACUUCAGUCUCACUGGGUUUCAGGUAUAAAAGAUAAGGCCGAUAUCCCACUUUUAUUUGCUUAGCAAUUCUGUAGACUGAGAAAUUGUUGACAGGUCUACUUAAUUGGAGCUCUCUAAAAGACGUAAGUUAACUUACCAGCAAAGAGUACUGUACUUUAGCUGCAGUGCAGUGGUCAUACCUUUUCACAGUUGAGUUGUUAGGAUGAGUUUCUGCACUCUGAUGUCAAUUUAACAUUUUCCCAAAAUGAAUGAUUGUCUUGCCUGCCCCUCCCUUCAUGUCCCAUUGUGUCGUGGUUGCUCAUUUUUGUUGUUGCUGCUGCUGUUGUUGUUAGACAAGCAAACAAAUGGUAUGCUUGUGCUGCUGUUUUGCCGUGCAGUGUUCAGCCGUAACAUUUAAAACGAAUCUUCAGUUGAAUGGUUUAAAUCACCUAUUCUCAUAAAUCAUUCCCUACAGAAGCGAUAAUGAAGCCUGAUAAGGUUGUUGGACUGUCAGAGCAUGGCUACAGUCCAAGUGUUCAAAGAAUCUUGGAAAUCCAAUGCACUAGAAGAUGCCAAACAGUUUUGGGCAACGCUUUGUUUGAGUGUUGGAGAACGAGCAGCGUUGAAGAUACAGUCCCCUUCAUAUUUCCUUAUGUCCAGCGAAUCUAGUCCUGCUUCGUGAUGCACACACAAUCAUGCUUCCUGCACGGUCAUUACGUCCUCCACGGGUGACUAGUUCUUCCUUCUUCUGCAUAGAUUGUUUGGUCUGCGUAACCUUGUUUGUAAGAGUGCCACUGUUCUCCAAUAUGUCUUUUCUCUUUCACACACUGUCGGUCUAACUUUUGUGCACACUGUCUUGCCCAUACCCCAGCGGCGUGUAAUGACCAGUCAAGAUUUUUGCUCACCUCACUCAGAAGUCUCUAGGAUAAAGAAAAUUUUUCUCAUUAAAAGGGCUCAUUUCAAUAAAUAAGCUCUUUACACGAAUGCAGAGACAUUGUGUGAGUGCGCAAGAGUCUUGCAAGGUCUCUUUUAGCAGCUCCGUCAUAAAAGAGAAUAUGGCAGACACCGAAUAGGCAAGCCCUAGACCUGAAAUCAGCCAGGAAUUUUCCUAUGUAAUAACGGUAACCUGUGCCAACUAUAUGGGGGUCCAAUACUUUUGUUAUUGGUGCCGCGACACUUACCGACAGUUUGACGAGUGUGAAGAGAUGGAACAGAUUCAUUUCUCGAAAUAUAGGUGGCCCCUCUCAGUCAAUGUGAUCCAGAGACAUCCAAUAUGGACAGCUCUGAACGCAGCCAAUAACUGUGGCUAAACAUAGGCUAUGGAAGCUGUUGCUUAGAAAAUGUUUACACUAUUUGCAUUUAUAAAUUGCACUGCUUGCUGCUUAAGCCUUCAAAGACAGCAGGCGAGCUUAAUUCGUUUGAUGCAUCUUCACAAAAAAAAAAAAACGAAAAAAAAGAGCAUUGCUUGUCCUGUGCUUGCUUGCCUUUAAGGUAGGGCUGAAGUCAAUUUGAACUCCAGUGUUGCCCAAUGCAUCACGCAAGUAGAGCACACGUAUUUUAUGUUUUGUCAGUUAAGGAAAAGCAUUUAUACAUAGAGCAUACAAACAAGAGCAUUAGCCCACACUGUCUAUGUCGUACAUUCUGUAGAGUACUUUUCUAUUAAUCCAAAUCUGAACAAACUUAACAGAAAUCAAGUAUUACAUGAGGCUUCCAGCAACUGUGUAAGCUUGCAAUUUUCAGCAGCUUUUAAUUAAUCUGUCAAACAACCGACAUAAGAGCAAUGUGUGACGUAAAUGCCAUCUUCGAAGCUGCCCUCUGCAGACAGCUCUGGUCAUAUCAGUCGCUUUUCUUCGCACGUUUUUUUCCCUUCCAUUGUGACUUGGUGUGUAUACUAUUUAUGGUGUCUACUUCCAUACAUUUACUUAAAUCGGGCGACAGCGCGCGUGGUUUUUGGCAAACACUAAAUCUGUUGAGUUAUGUCAUGGGUGCCUUUGACGAGAGAGAGUGUGGAAGUGAUAACAAAUGAAAUGUAAACACAACAAUCCACGAAGCGCAGUUGAUAUGUGAUUGGACUGCAAAUGAAAUCAAUGUGCAAAUAAAACAUUGGUUUUACUCUCUGGUCUGAAAUAA